AUGUCCGACCUGCCGCCGGACGUCCACCGCCGCCGCUCCCGGCCAAUCCGGGCACACCGCGUGGCGCUCCGCCGCCCACCGCCGCCGCGGCCCGCGGAGUCCAGGGAUGGCCCGCGCGAGCCCGCCGCCGCCCAGCGCCUCCGCCUCCGGGCCCGAGCCCCCGAUCCUGCUCCGCCGCCCAGCGCUGCCCCGCCUCCCGGCCCGUUCGCCGACACUGCCGCCGUGUUCCCGCGCUUCCGCCUCCGCGUCGGAGCGCCGCCGCCGCGCCUCACCGCCGGCGCCGCCCGCCCCGACGACCUCGGCGCGCCGCCCUUCGCGCCCUCCGCCGCGACCCGACCUCCCCACCGCCGUGCUCUGCAUCGCCGUCGUCCCGCCGCCGCUCGCCGUCCGGAUCGGAUAGGGAGGAUCCCGAUCCAGCCGGCGCCCGUUGACCUCGCGCCCGGAUGGCCCUGUCCCGAGGAUCCGCUCGACCAGCGAUCCAAACGCGUCCCCGAGCCAUCCCGUACCCCCUACAUCCGGUUUUCUGCGAGGUGA